ACCCAUCAGCUAGGGUUUAAGGUUUUAGGGUUUUAGUAAAAACCCUAAAAUGAUCAGCUACCUACCAACAACCCGCCAACGUAAGCCGCAAUGAGUCAUGAUUCCAGUAGUGAUACAGCCCAGGGCGAUGCACCAGCGACGAGUUCGUCAAUGCCUGAGUCUAAACGGGAUGACCAUGGCCAGAGCAGUCCCAAUUGUCUUAGCAGCCCCAUGAUGGAGGUCAAUCCUGCUUCUCCCCACCAGCCAAUUCAGAUAUCCGAUACUUUGGCCAGGCCCAGCAGCAACCCCAGUGAAUCGCUCACUGACCUCAGUGAACACGCUUUGGACGCUGAGAAAUCGCUGGCAACCCAUCAUGUGGGGGCAAAUGGAAUGGGAGCACCUAAGGCAGCUGUAGCAGCACAGAAUGGGUCAUCUCUGGGUAUAGUGGGGCAGAGAGUUGAGGAGCCUGUACACCAGCUGUCAAGCAUGGUCACGAACGGCUUGAUCGCUAGUGUGUCUGUGCACAAACAGGCUCAUACAAGUAUAUUAACGCCGAUGGAUAUUUUCACGCACACCGCUGGAGUUACAAAUAGCACCACACCUGAACAGACACCUGAAAGCAUAUCUGAACCCGUCAAGGCGACGAAGAAUCAUGCACACUCGCUACACGCACAUGCACACCAUGCGUUACAUAAACACAAGCAUUCGCAUUCACAUGCACACGGACAUAAACAUCCACAUACUCAUGCGCACAAACAGUCACACACCCAUGAAAACCAAACUACACGUGUACAUCCACACAAGCAUUCAGAUUCAAUUGCUCUCUCGCAGACACAUAUACCUACCAUUCCAACACAGUCACAAAAGACUCACUGUGCUACUGCUUCGAGCCUGGCAAAGAUUGCGGAGAACUCGGUAUGCAAUACGUGUACCAAUCAUGAACAGCAUAUGACAGUUACUACCAAUCACGAACAGUAUAUGACAGUUACUACCAAUCACGAACAGCAUAUGACAGUUAACACACACGGAGCGAUGGACCAAGAGCCUUCGCACGAGCAGGUGGACACUCCACUCGGCAGUACGAGGUCUAUGGACUGCAAUACUAGCAACGGUAGCAGUGCCACACAGAGGCAUCUGAUACACAACGGGAGCAGUGCCACACAGAGGCAUAUGGUACACAACGGGAGCAGUGCCACACAGCGGCAUCUGACACGCGAGAACGCAGAGACCACCGCUGCAAUGGAUCUCACUAUGGAGGAUGGCUCUGCCACACACAACGCCAGUCACGCACGUGAUGACCCCGAGAACGACGACAGCUGUCCACCGGUAGAAGUGCACGUGGCAACGGUUGGUAACAGCCCCACCGCACAACUGCGGGGACCAGGGUGUGGUAGUGACCACGUGGGCAGCAAAGCUCAGGCGACGUGCGAAACACGUGCACCCGCAAGCACCAGCGGCAGUCAAUUGCUGGGCCACGCAAGGCCCGCUGAGGUGUUGCUCAGCAAACCAGCGGCUGCAAAGGGAGCCGCACCCCAGGCAGCAACGGUUGUAAAUGGGGCAGGGCAAGAGGCACAGAGACCGCAGGUGAUAAGUGGGGAACUGCUCAAGCAUGCACACCCACGCAGGGGUGAGGCGAGUGAGCAGGCCAUGCGCACCAACAGCACGCAUACAGUGAAUGGCAGUGUGGAAGACUGGGUGCAGAGUAUGAAGGAGAGUACGCUUAGUGGGUGGGUGGAUUGUGCGCCUCAGGCCGCCCGUGUAGAUACGGACGGAGGCAGGAGGCAAAGUAAUGAACAGAUACACAGCGGAACAGAGACGAACGGAGUCAGGGCACAGGAGAUGAGCAAAGCGCAUCCAACACCACCAACACCACACACAGUACAAGCAGCACAGACAGUACAAACACCAGAGACACCAGAGACAGCACAAAAACCACAAACAACACAAACACCUGCACAGAGGAAUGGAACCACCUCGCUCGAAAACAGGGCAAAUGGCCCGCCAAAUGCUGUGCCACCAUAUAUGGGUGACUCUGAUCCGGCCCUCUCCUCCUCUCACCAAUGCAAUCGCACGGAGACCACUCCCUCGGCCAGUCAUGGGCAUCAAGUGGAUCACACAGUGAGUGCGCACACAGCUGCAGCACAUGGCCAGCACACACAGGUGAACACAACAGACACAGCUGAAGCACAUGACCAGCACACACAGGUGAAGGCAGAACGAGCCGACACACUCAUAGACAACGGACACAUGCAGACAAACCCAGCCACGCAGAUGGAAUACGACCCAUUGCCACCCCCGCGAUGUCUGUCUGAGCCUUUCAUUCCGGACGAUACCUCGGCUUGCCAACCCGCACAGCAGAACGGCGACAGGGAUACACAUAUAAGUACACAUAUAGAUGCACAGGCAAGCACACAUACAGAUGAACAAGCAAGCACAUACGCUGAUACACACGCGCGGGAAGAUGUACAGAACAAUGCCAAUAGUCAGAGUAUGCCCCAAGAAGACAACAUCACCAACACACCUAACCAGUCACAGAAACAGCCAUCAGACAUCACAGCAACACACACAUUUAAACGAGCAGCGCCACAAACUUGCGCAGCGGAUGCCCCUGCACGAUCUCGCUUAAAGCUAGCAGUUACGGACGAUGUAGCCACAACCUCGGAAGAUGGGUCCGUUGCUGAUAACUCGGGACGCAACCGUAUACCGAAUGACCCCAUGAACGGUUUGGAUGGAGAGAGUGGUGCUGAGAUAGCUGAUAGACACAAGCCUGAACUAUCGCCAACGAGCUCAUCUGUUGCCACGCAACCAACGGGCUCCUCUGCUGCCAAGCAACCAACUGGCGAUGCUGUGACUGUGGACGAUAACUUGCUGGAAGCACUGCAGAGCAAUGUGACCAAAAAUCGGAUGGAAAAUGGUGAUGAUGGGGCAGAGAGUGUUGUAGACAACUCGACAGGACAACCACAGCAACUACAACAGAGUGAGCCACAUCAACAAAGCUCACACACUGCACAGGAACGGUCACAACAGCAAAUACAACAGCCACAGCAACAACCACAGCAAGCGCAUCAGCAGGAAAGCUCACAGCAGCCACAACACCUGCGCAACAGGACACAACAACAGAUACGCAGACGGCAGCUGCACGCACAACGGAGACGCCCUGAGGGCAUGGACGCCCAUGGCAAUUGCGAACACACAGCCCCCGACCGCUUCAGCAGUGAGUACAGCUUCCGCUUUGUUGCUGAGCGAGACACGCAGAGCCAGGCCACACACAGUGCACUCGUGGGACAGAUUGUGCACAGCUCUGCCGAGGGUGAGGACGAGAUUGUGGGUGAAAUGGUGGGCUACAAACUGCCCAUAACUGAGGGCACCUCAUCGCCACGACUGCACAGCGACACCUACGACAUUGCAAAUGACCUACAUGAGAUGAUUGUGUACUGCUGCGAGCGCGAUGGCACGCCACGGCCGUACCGACUGGACGGCUACGACUUCGACAGUGAGUACACAGACAGAGACAUUGUCUACAUCCGCAGUGUAGAGGUCAAACACACCCACCGACACCGGGGAGUGGGUGUGCGCAUGGUCAGAGGCCUCCUGGAAUGGCUCAAGGGCGACUGGAGUAUCGUCUUGACUGAGGUAGCGCAGAAAAACGAUGAGGAGGCACCCCUCAGCAGCACAGUGCGGCGCAAAAUUGUCCAGCAAUUUCUUCGCAUAGGGUUUCGCCAAUGUAAGCCACGCUUGGGUUUCCUGUACCUGGUGCCCUCGCACAUACCACCAGCUGAUAUGUGCGUAGAGCUGUUGUUGCCCCGAAGCGCUGUACCGGUCCAAAACAUGCGCUUUGGGUUUGCGAGUCAGGAAAAUCUGAAAACUCAGGGGUAUGUGAAUGAAGCCAUAGUUGGCUUUAUCGACAACGGGCCGGAGUUGCGGAUGGAGAAAUGCGCGUCCGAUUUCGACGCAUUCAAAUCUGUGUUUAGUGAGCUGGUGGGGUCCGAGAGUUUGCUGGAGAUCGUGUCUUUGGGCGAGCAAUGGCUACUGACCUGUGAGCCCAGAGUCAUCAAGAAAGCCGUCAGGAGGUGCAGCAAAACAGGGGUAGACCACAAGGCAAAGUUUCUGCAUCGCGCAAUUUCACGGUGGUGUGACGACAAAGUUAAUUUGGGCCAAGUUUGUGAUAAUGGAUCCUUGAAGGAAAUGGUGCUGGGCGGAGUGAUCAAUGUCAUAUUGUCUAACUUAACAGCCAUGAACAGACCGUUUGCACGCCAUAUAAAGGUCCCAAACCGAAUGGAUGUCAAUGAGAAGGACAUUCAUGGGUACACACCCUUGCACGCAGCGGCUUUCGCAAACCUGCCCAAAGAAAGUGUGGAGGUACUCCUUGCGUGCGGUGCAGAUAAGACCAUUGAGAAUGCACAAGGCUUCAGAGCCGUAGACGAGAUAUGGCAGAAGAAUGAGGAUGUACGAGACAAUGAGUUUGUCAUGCUGCAGGAUACACUCCCUUACAAUACAGUGGAGGAGAAAGAUAUAAUGGAGAAACGACAGAGCAACCGGAAUGCUCUGUUGUUGCUCAUGCUUCCGGAUGAGCAAAAGGUGCAGUUGGUAGAUGGGAUUCUUUCUCCUAGAAUGAGGUUUAAGCUACUGAAAGCUCUCGAUGAAGCUCUGGUGGAAAACAUGGAUUUGACCUCAGACAUGCCCAGUGUGCGCACAUUUGCCGAGCUAGCAUUAUUCAAGCGAGAUCACUAUAAACUGUUACCGGCAGACAUGGUUGAGUGGGAGAAGAUUCAAUAUGCGCGCAUACCUGACCAUAUGCUUGAUGCAUAUAAGAGAACACUCACAGGAGUGGACCGUGAAAAGUACGAGGCCUUGCCACCGAUACAUGUGCUGGACUGGAAUUUCGAUCUGUUACGACACAAUUUGUUGGGCACGCUGAAGCGCAAUAUACUGUUUGAAUGGAAUCUGAAUGAUAGGUAA